AGAAGUUGCAUAUUUUACAAAAAUAAAUUUGUUGACGUUUGCAUAGACUUUUGUGAAAUUUAUAAAAAUUAACAAAUUUACCUUUAAGUUUUAAUUUCUUUAGACUUUAAAUGGAUUUAACUAUAUUGAUAGGCAUAGCCGCAGCCUUAUUGGCCAUAUUAGUGACUUUGUUUUUCUUGCAAAAGAAAAAAACCGAAAAAGAUGAGGAUAAAAAACCACAGCAAGCACAACGUGGUGUUCCCCAGCGAGCCCAGGAAGGAGUACCAAGACGUGCACAAAUUGUACGUAAUCAACGUAACCGUUUAAGGCAAAAUGCUGCACCAGCUGCUGGCAACGCUGCUGCUGCCUUAGAUAAUGCCCUUAAUGAUGAAGACAGUGAUAAUGACCAUGAACAAGGUGAGAUACCCCAGGGUCAUGUAUUGGAUGAAAAAAUGGGUGCCAAAAAGAGAGCAAAAAUGGAACAAAAAGAACAGAAACGUUUAAUGCGUGAACAAGAGCUAAAGAUGCGCGAAGAGAAAAAGGCUAAGGAGGCCAAACUUGAUGAGGAACGUAAAAAACAAGAAGAACGUGAAGCCGAAGAAGAACGCAAACAGGCCGAGGCUGAACGUUUGGCACGUGAAGAACAAGAACGCAAAGAACAUGAAGAAUACUUAAAAAUGAAGGCUGCCUUUAGUGUUGAAGAAGAAGGUUUCGAAGAAGAUGAAGAUGAAAAAGAAAAUCUUCUAGCAGAUUUUAUAAAAUACAUACAAGACAACAAGGUUGUGGUGUUAGAGGAUUUAGCCACUGAAUUUAAACUAAAGACCCAGCAGGCUAUUGAACGUAUACAAGAACUGCAGGCAAAUAAUACCAUAACCGGAGUCAUAGAUGAUCGCGGUAAAUUUAUAUACAUAUCCGAAGAAGAAUUGAAAUCGGUGGCUAAAUUCAUUAGGCAAAGAGGCAGAGUCUCUAUAGCGGAAUUGGCUGAAAGUAGUAAUAAUUUAAUUAAUUUAACUCCAGUAGCUACGAAUUAAGUUGUGGCAGGAGAAUUAGAGUCUUGUUAGUUUUGCGUAGUUUUGCUAUAGCGUAGGUAUCAAUUUCAUUUGUUUACUUUUAUUUUUCGUUACUAAAUCUAGUGGUUUUUUUCUUUUGUUUAUAGUGUAAAUACGAAAAUAUUAAAUUGGUUUACUAACUUUAAGAAAUUAAUGAUCUUGGAAGCUAUUGGAUAACUUGAA